AUGCGUGGAUUAAGUGCCAAAUCCGUCCUCUGGCAUGCGCGACAAAUAUGUGCUAUCUCAGCCUCUAAUAUGCACCAUGGCUGUUGGACAAAUGCACUCCAGCCUUUGUGGAUUGCAGGUAAAGUCAUGUCGCACUACUCUGAACAUAUGGCCAUUGUGGAGACUCUGAUCAAAAUCGAGCGUGAAACCGGCUGGGCUACAGCGUGGCGAGCGGAGGACCUCAAAGACUUCUGGGGUGAUUAUGAUAAUGACGAUGACCGUGAUGUUGACAUGGAUGAGUGA